AUGGAUGUCGAGCAACACUUUGACGAUGACGAAAAAGUGCAAGAGGUGGAUGAUACCACCACCGAUGAUGAUGAUGAUGAUGACGAUCAUGCCGUUCACGACUUGGGCGCAUCAGCAUCCAAUAGUGAUUUUGAUGACGAGCAGGAAUAUGGUGAUGAGUACGGGGACGAGAUCGGUGAUGAUCAAAAGGAAAUAGAGUUUGGCGAUGAGUACGGGGACGAGUUGGGUGAUGAGGAGGACGAUGCCGAGUACGGCGACGAAUAUGGAGACGAUGAGUUUGGUGAUGAGUAUGGGGAUGAAUACGGUGAUGAAGAUGGCGAGGAGCCAAGCGAUGACGAUGUCAUCCCGUUACCGGUUGGUGAAACAUCUGAAUUUGAUAAUUCGACUGCCAAUCCCAGUUCAAUACCAGCUGAGCAAAUAGAAUCAUCGUCUGAUGUUCCGUUGCUGAAUGAUGACAAACCACACGACGCGAUUCCUAGUGAAGGUUGUUCAUCUAUGGAUAAGGAUGCUGAAAACGACUUGACACCAACCUCUCGAAUGCAAGAAGAGAGUCAAACAAUGAUACCACCACCGCCUGUUGAUACCACAGAUGCGUCCCAACCACCAAAGGAAGAUAUCCAUGUGCCAUCGAACAACGGUUCAUCCAAUUUGUCACUGGCCGAGAUGAUUGCUGCGAGAAAAAAUUCGAAUGCACCCUCUCCAGUGAAAGAUGAAGAGACCGAAACAACGAUACCGCCACCGUCUGUCGAUACCGCAGAUGCAUACCAACCACCCACGCAAGAUACUCAUGUGCCAUCGAGCAACGGAACAUCAAAUUUGUCACUGGCGGAAAUGAUUGCUGCGAGAGAAAGUUCUGAUAGUAGGAAGGAAUCGCCCACUCUAUCACUAGCAGAGAUGAUUGCCGCAAGAUCACGAACAGAGAAAGCUACCGAGAGUCGAAUGAAUGUUGUAACGCCAACAAAGACACCAGUUCAAUCCCAGUCCAAUCCCCUGUCAAGGCUGAAAGACGACGCGAACGAGAAUGACUCAUCCAGUCUGUCGCUAGCACAAAUGAUUGCUUUAAGAUCAUCUGGCAAGAAAGUCGACCAAGCUCAAAAGCCACAAGCUUCAGCCUCGCCAUCCAUUUUGCACCUCAUACCUCCGCCAAAAGACAAAGAAACGUUAGGUAGCUCGGAUCAACAGGACUCAUCGAGCAUGUCACUAGCCGAAAUGAUUGCGGCAAGAUCUCAAAACGGUACUGCUACUAAAGAACCCACCCCACUAAAUGGGAAGCAGUUUUCCGAACCCAUGGGAAGAAAGCAAUCCCAUGUGUACAAGAACCGAUCCAACGUAAUACAACAACAACAACAAGAACGACGACGGAAGCCAACUCGAAAGCCUACAAAUGGAACCAAACGGCCACCGACAACUUCAUCCAAGCCAGUGGAAAAGCCUCGACCAACGGCCAAAGCUGCUCCAGCUUCACCACCACCACAAAUUCCGUGCACCAUUCAUCGGCGCCAAAAUGCUAGCUUCAGACAGAAGCAUCAUGUGCCUUGGAGAAAGUUUGAGGCACGACGUCGAAUUGAGAUGAGAUAUCGACGCAAAAUAGUCGAGCAGGAAUGGGAAGGGGCCGCCGAUAUAUUGCACCAAGGGAUUGCAAGUACCAAACUGGCGGAGCGCAUUAUUGUGGGUUUUGUCAAGGCCAGCCAACAGCUGGCGUCUGACUUCAAAGCAACCUCGGAGGACUCCGUUUUCAACGACAGUGGAAAGGUUGUCCAGAGUAGCUUUACCCAGCGGCGACUAUCUAAAAUUAGAGAUUCGUCCAAUGAUAUCACGGGCAUCUUUGGCUCGUCAUCUCCUAUUUUGGCUGCCUGUUUGGAAUGCUACGGUAUCCUUGCGGAGCAAGCGGAAACACUGGAGGAGGUGUCUCGCCAGAUUUCGGCGGAAUAUUUUCCCAGGUUGAGAGAGAUGCUUGCCGACCUGGAAAAAGCCAAAACCGAAUCAGAAUCCAAAGUGAAGCGUGUCGUUGAAGAAUUUGAUAGAUAUGAAAACAACACAGCGUCUUCCUGGGAUUCGUUCGAGUCGCUCCAACCGUACAGCCCGGAGCAGAAGCAAAGGGUGGAAUCACCCAGGAACAUAACGCAAUCUGAUGGAUGGUUCAUACAACAAUCGUACUGCCAUGCCGUUUUACUACAACGAGGCUAUCUACUGGAACUGAAGGCGAAGAUGGAUGGUGUUUGCAAUCGAGUGGUAACUCUGGAAAAUUAUCGACUCGGAGAAGUCCGGUCGAUUCUGCUAGAUGGUUUCUACAACAAACAACUCGAACUGUUUCAGCAGCUUCCUCUCUUUGAGAACGAAAUGGUUAAGAACAUGACCGACGCAAGAAUUGACGAGGAAUCUUUGGAAGAGAUUCUUCAUGAUCGAUCCAAAACAAGGCUCAAGUAUUCACAGUCACACCGUUCAUCCAUUCUGAACCGGUCUUCCUUGAAAAUUUCCGAGAAACUCGAAUCGGAUACCGUUCCUUCCAUAGAAAGUGAAUUUGGGAGUCCACUUGAGAGUUCUGCCGUUCUCUUGGCUACAGUUGUGGAGUUGCAAAGAUCUGGUACUACCCUUAGCACUUUUGUAUCUGUUUCGUGGAAGCGGACGCUGGCCGUGGUACUCGAUACUGAAAUCGUUUGCUUUCUGGAGCUACCCAGAGGCCAAGGCCAAACUGAAAAAGAGAGCGUGGAGGAUGCGUUCCACUCACUGUGUCCCUACUUUCAACUUGAUACUAACACUCAACGCAAGAGACAGGACCUCCUUGACAACUUGAGUCCAUUCCUAACCUGGCAGCUGUCCAAGUGUAGCGUGGAUAUAUCCAACAUUCAAGACAAGACUGUAGAAGUUACUGAAGCCGGACGUCGAAGGUCAUCAUCAAACCUCCUCCUUCCUCUGGUGAAAAGAGGAGAAGAUGGGGACGACAACGAAACCGAUGAUGGAAGUUUCAAGGAAGUAGAAACGAAAUAUGCUUUGCGCUUUUUUUCAGCCGCCGAUGCAUCGAAAUGGCUUGGAGCAUUCGAGAAAACAAAAGGGAAGCUACAUAUUGCUAGCGAUGAAUCCAUUAGUGCAUCCUCUUCCAUAUCGAUUGGGACCUCUGGUGACAAGACGUUUGGAACGUUUGAGGGUGAGGGCGGUGAGGAUGAUGAUUCAAAUGGUACACAAGAUGGCAGUACUGCAUCCAAAUCGAUUGGCGCAAGAGACGAGAACGGUGACGAGACACUCAAUGGCGAAGAUGGGAAGCUGUCUAGCGUGAGUCUGUGUGAUUGA